CCGCGGCCUCCAACAAAUUCCCUCUCAUCUCCACUCACGAUCAUCUCCCCAAUCCCUCUAUUUAUUUCCGGAAAAAGUGAAAAAUAACACCGAUAAAGCCCCGUUCUUCCGCAGAUUGUUUAUAGCGAGCGUCAAAAAUUUAUCGUUCGUACAUAAAUCUGUUCAUUUUUCGUCGAUAAACCUUGGCUCUACGUCGUUAGACCUUUGUGGGAUUCGCCUCUAAUUGUUUGCACAACAUACACUGAUAAAUUACUCCGGUAUUUUUUCAUUCGGUUAAUGUUAUGUCAUUGCUUGAGCUCGAAGCUCAUGUGACUUUAGUGAUAAGCGAGUGGUAAAUUGAACAUGGAUUUGAAGACGUUGUUGGUAGUUGUGGUGGCUGUGGGUGUGGUGCAGGGGGAAGACGACCAUGGGUAUCUAGUUCAACUCAAGCUGUCUCUUCGGGAGGAAAAAAUCCCGGCUAUUUUGACCUACUUGUUGGAUAAUAGUUUAGAAGCGCACGAUAUCACGACGAGGGAUAUCAUCCAGUUGAGCAAACUCGACACGUAUGACCAAAAUCAACUACAACAAGUGUUCAAUUUUUACGACAUCACUGAAGUGUACACUGUUGACAAUUUGGAGAAACUCUUGACUAGUUUGAAUAUAGAAUUUGGUUAUUUUUAUCGCGAAUUGACGACAAAGUUGGAAUUGACAAGAUCCCAGGUUAGUGAGGUCGUCAAUUCUUUAUCAAUUCCUCCGGAGUUUUGGGUCGCUGUAAGCUUAGACGACUAUGACGACAUCUACAACAUCCUCAGACAAGGCAACUAUAGUGAAGAGAGUGUAAAUGCAGCUUUACAAGUGUCAGAUAAGAGCAUCACCCAGGUCUACACUGCCGCUAGAGACAUCGUACGAGAAUUCACCGAAAAACUACCCUCCCCCGACUUCAUGAAAAUCUUGACACAAAACGGGUGGUCCAAAAAAUCCGCCUUGACUCUAUACCAAGCUUUGAACAUCACCACCCCCGACGUCUACGCCGUCGAAAAAUUCAGAAACAUCUUCACCAACAUCAGUGAUAGCUUAAACCAAAAUAUCUCUGUAGGUGUUUUCGUAGGCCCCCAACAACUCGCUCUACACAAGUUCGUUUUCAACCACCUCCAACGACUCGUCGAUGGUGUCAACAUUAAAGUGGAAGCAAACGGGGUUGAAAUCACUCUAAAGCAAACCGACUCUUUGGGCGAAAAUAUAGUCGAAGUGGCCACCGCUCAAGCCGGUCCUGACUACAUCGAAAUCGUCAGUAGCUACAACACGACGGAGAAUUGCACCUACGUCACGCUUCUCGACGAUCAGGUAAGUGCUGCAAGCGUAGAAGUCACGGAUCUGACGAUUGAGCAGGACGGGGCUCAGUUUAUUUUGGGGACCCCGUUGGUUUGUGGGGGACUGCUGUAUGGGUUGGCCCGUGAAGAGAACGACAGUGCCAUCAUCUUCGACGACUUCUACACGGAACAAAACCCCCCUGAAAACGACGAUUUUCUCGACCAGGAGUCCCACAACAACAAGGGGAUUCUUCACAUGCCGCUCAUUACCGUCCUAACCUUCAAUCUUAUCUCUUUCCUACUGUUGUAGUGUGUACUCACAAUGUUUGUAAUGUGACGCAGAUUCUUAUCUAGCUCUAGUCAAAAUAAAUAAACAUCUUAAACAA